AUGCCUCCUUUAGAGGCAUUUCUCGUCCUUUGUUUUUUGGCAGUUUACAAGACUUAUGUGUUUGGACACUUUUUAUCAUUUCCUUUUGAAAUCGUCGAUAACUCUUUCCUCAAUUUUUCGAGUGCUACCAAUGUGACGCAGACAACGAAACAAGUCGCCACGAAAAUGAACUGCCUUGAAGACUGCAUUGGAAUACCUUGGUGUUUCUCCAUAAACUUUAAGAAGUCAGCUGAAGAAAGUGGCCUUCAUAUUUGUGAAUUUCUCCCAUCUGAUGCCUUCAGUAACGAGCAACAUUUGCAGGAAAAUAAAGGGUAUAUUCACUACAGCGUAAAGCAUCCAUGCAAGUCCAACUCUCCAAUUUGCCUCAAUGGAGCCACCUGUACGUUCCAUAGUAACAAAAUGGACUAUCACUGUAUUUGUAAAGCAGGCUACUACGGUAAACAGUGCGAAAAUGAUUUGGAUGAGUGCAAUGUAACCCAAUCAACGCCUACUAUUUGCCACAGCAAUGCAACUUGCAAAAACAUACCUGGAUCUUAUAUGUGCCUGUGUAGCCCUGGUUACCAAGGUGAUGGUAAAAGCAAUUGUUCUGAUAUCGACGAAUGUGCUACAAAAACACAUGGCUGCGAUUCUGAUGAUGGYUGUGAAAACACUGUAGGCUCCUAUAAAUGUAGAUGUAAUAUCGGGCGAUUCUUCAAUGGAUCGACCUGUGUCAACUUCGCAUGGGAUUCACCAUGCUCAAACUACACAAACAUCACCGAUUCUACCCGACUAACARCACACGGGGUCUACCCAAAGAAAUGUGAUAAUAACAUUGAAGUAAAAUGGUACAGAUUUUCAGGGACAGGAGGGGUUCGUAUGCCCACGUGGUGCGUUUCAAUCUAUCGMUGCAGCACGGUAGGGUCUGGUUGGCUGAGCCAGCCUCAUCCGAAAGUUGCAGAUGGAAUAGUCUCCAAGAAAGUGUGCUUCAAUUAUAACAGAUGUUGUAAAYAUGAGCAAUCGAUCAGAGUACAAAACUGUCAUCAUUUUUAUGUGUACGAGUUUAAACCACUACAAAUGUGUUCUAUGCGCUAUUGCAGCACUAAUUAAAGCGGAAUAUUCCACCAGGGGAAUGAAUGGGCAUCUGGAAUAAUGGUUAGCACUAGCUAUACGUUCCCUACGUUSCGUCCGAACUUUAGACCUUUACAACAACCUCAAACAUACCAAAUUAUACAUUUAGAAUACAUGCCUUCACAAUUUUGGUGAACCAAUGGGGCACUAGAAUUUGGUUACAGUACGWUUAC